GGUGUCACGAGCUCACUGUUAUCCGAUCCACUCAUUCCAACUUCAUACUUCUAAAGGAGAAGAAGCAAAGCCACCGACCAUAAUAAUUGUUGAAGCUAGCUAGCUAGAUAGGUGAAAAGAUUAUCAUAAAAUUGUGUUUCAAUGGCUGAGCUCUCUUUGUGUUGCAAUCGCUUGACUCCUCCAGCAUUGCCACCACAUCUUCUGCAUCCUCAGUUUACUCCAAGAAUACCGAUCAUAGGCGGCAUAGAGCAAACACGGAGAACAACAACAGCUUGUGCUUCAAAAUCUGGAGGAUUUUCGAUUGGUUCGCUUUUGAAAAGUUGUGAAACAUGUAGAGGAAAAGGUGCUAUAGAAUGUCCAGGAUGCAAGGGCACAGGAAGAAAUAAAAAGAAUGGAAAUAUUUUUGAGCGGUGGAAAUGUUUUGAUUGCCAAGGAUUCGGGCUAAAGAGUUGCCCCAGCUGUGGGCAGGGUGGGCUGACGCCAGAGCAAAGAGGAGAGCGAUAAUACUGCAUGCACGAAGUAAUUAAGAAUUUUGUAAUUAUUUAAAAUGCUGAACGUAUAUAAACUUCUUGUAUACUGAAAAUUUUUAGUACAUUGUAUUUGUAUAUUGUACUUAUUAAUUAAUUAAAAAUCUAUGUAUGUUUGAUGA